AUGUACACCACCUUACCCAAUGGAAUCCGCGUCUUCUAUCGCGAGGCCGGCUCGGCUUCAAAUCCAACCGUCCUUCUGCUUCAUGGCUUCCCUGCCUCAUCUUUCCAAUAUCGAAACCUCAUGCUCAUCCUCGCCGAAAAGUAUCAUGUAAUCGCGCCCGAUCUGCCUGGGUUCGGCUUCACCGAAGUCCCAGAAAAGCUGAACUUCAAGUAUACAUUCGCCAACAUUGCGACGACGAUUGGAUCGUUCCUUGAUGUCCUGAAGAUAUCCAAGUUCGCAGUGUACGUCUUCGAUUAUGGAGCUCCCACAGGCUUCCGACUUGCACUGGAACGCCCCCAAGCGAUCACUGCCGUCAUAACUCAAAACGGAAAUGCAUACGAGGAAGGCUUGAGUUCUUUUUGGGAUCCAUUACGCCAACUCUGGGCCACUUCUGACCCCGAUCAAGAGAGGUCGAUUCGACAAGCAGUCAGUGGAGCAGUUCUUAGCUUGGAGGCGACGAAGAGUCAGUAUCUGCAUGGCGAGCCUGACGCAGAUAAGAUUGACGAUCCGGUGACCUAUCACCUCGACUAUGCGUUGUUGUCCCGCUCUGGAAACAAAGAGAUUCAGCUCGACUUGUUCAAGGACUAUGGAACCAACGUGGCCUUGUAUCCAAAGUUUCAGGAGUAUUUGCGUACCAGCCAGGUUCCUGUUCUGGCAGUAUGGGGCAAGAACGACAUCAUCUUCCCACCAGCUGGAGCCGAAGCGUUCAAGAGAGACGCGAAGAAAUUAAAGCUUGUCUUAUUGGAUGGUGGUCAUUUCCUGGUCGAGAGUCAUACCAAGGAAGUUGGGAGGCUGAUGCUGGAGUUCCUUGACGAACAUAAGAUAUGA